GUUUUAGUCACUUCCGUGUUGGCUUCAAGAGGACGACCGGGAGGUUGCCGUUUGGACCCCACUAAUAAGACUUGCAGUGAUAUAAACCAAUGUAAUUGCGGUCGCCCCGCCCCAUCGUCCAGGCUGCGCGCUCUGGGGUACUUGGACAUGUCCGAAAAAAAACUGUUCUCAGAUCAGCGAACUAAAGCUUAGAAGUUUGGAGUGCACACAUGACAUCGAGAACUGCUUGUCCAUCACAUGAUUGUAGUUCAUUAGAAACCGCUUACUUUGGCAGACGCUGCCGGUCCCGUGCAGAAAUUUGACAUGCGCUUCUGACUGUUUCGGGAAAACAGAAAGUGAGGCUACACCGCUAAUAAAUACACAUAAAUUAACGUUUAACGUACUAACAUGGCUUCUGCUCAGCGAUAUGUCAACAAAGUUGUUGUCGUUACUGGGGGCACUAGAGGUAUCGGAAGGGGCAUCGUAAAAGUGUUUGUGCAAAACGGAGCCAAGGUUGUGUUCUGCGCACCAGAGACUGAAUUGUCAGCUGGCCAGUCUCUUGAGUCUGUGCUGAAUAAGGAAGGACCGGGAUCAUGCACGUUUGUGUCAUGUGAUGUGACAAAAGAGGAGGACAUCAAGCGAUUAAUCAAUGUGACGACUGAGAGGUUUGGACAGAUAGACUGUUUAGUGAACAACGCUGGGUGUCACCCCCCUCACAAGACUACAGAUGAAACCACUGCUGAUGAGUUUAGAGACCUGCUUAAUAUGAACCUCGUCAGUUACUUCCUUGCUUCAAAGUAUGCGCUGCCAUAUCUGCGUAAAACACAAGGAAACAUCAUCAAUUUGGCCAGUAUUGUUGCCUCAAUAGGUCAGAAAGACGCAGCUCCUUAUGUGGCAACCAAGGGGGCAAUCACCGCCAUGACUAAAGCAAUGGCAGUGGAUGAGAGUCGCUAUCAAGUGAGAGUGAACUGCAUAUCUCCAAGCAAUAUAAUGACACCUAUGUGGGAGGAGCUUGCUAGUCGCACAGAAGACGCUGCUGCCGCUAUUAGAGAGGGAGAAAAUGCUCAGCUGAUUGGUCGAAUGGGAACGGAGGCUGAGAGUGGAUUAGCUGCCCUCUUCUUGGCAGCUGAUGCCACUUUCUGUACUGGGAUAGAUUUGUUUCUAAGCGGAGGGGCUGAACUGAACUACGGCUUCAAAAGCCAAAUUCCAUAACCAGAUGUAAUGGAAAGGUCCAUGAAAUGAUAAUAUGGCUUCAUUCCUUAUCUAAGACAGCUUGUUUAAUGCUUACAAGACGGUGCUUCUUCUCAGUGCAACAAUUUAAUUUUUUUUUUAAAUCAUUGCACCAUUUUGUUCAAAAUGAUUUGCACAGCUUUUAUUUGAAUGAGUUUAAGUUUGAAUUAUUGAGAGUUUACUGCAGUUCUAAGCAACUGAGAAUUGUUUUUAUUUACUUGCCAUUUCGCACUUUCCUGGUCAGGUAAAUAGUGUUAUAAUUGUUAAAUUUAAAGCCAAUGAUAGAAAUUAAUACUUUCAUUUAGCAAGAAUGCUUUAAAUUUAUUAAAAGUGAUGGAAAAGACAUUUAUAAUGUUACAGAAGAUUUCAAUUUCAGAUAAAUGCUGUUCUUCUGAAUAAUCAACAUAAUCAACAUAAUCAUAAAUGUUUUUUUGAGCAGCAAAUCAGAAUAUUAGAAUGUUUUCUGAAGGAUCAUGUGACGAGUAAUGAUGCUAAAAAUUCAGCUUUGAAAUCACAAGAAUAAAUUACAUUUUAAACUAUAUUCAAAUAGAAAGUUAUUUUAAAUAGUAAAAAUAUUUCAAAAUUUUACUGUUUUGCUGUACUUUGGAUCAAAUAAAUGCAGGCUUCGUGAGCAGCUUUAAAAAAAACUUUUGACUGGUAGUGUAUAUAUAUAUAACAGUAUUAGCAUUUUUUUAAGUAUUCAUGAAACCUUAAUUAAUCUAAAUGCUACGUUUUUCUUUUUUUAAUGUAAAUAUUAGUUAAAUAAAAGUGAGCUGCACUGUCAAUUACAGUACUAUGAAUGUGCAAAGACUUAUUGAUGUUUACAUGUAAACAUUCCCUGGACAAUAAUUUAACACAAUAAUCCAAUUUUAACUGUGAUGUACUGGUUUUUUUUUUUUUUUUUUUUUUUUUUUCUUCAAAUCUUAAAUGACUCUUGACAGGUUGUGAUUGGUUUUUAUACACUGUAUUUCUAAAUUUGUUUGUAACAAUUAAAAAGCUUAACUGUUGUCAUUUUGUUUACUAUUACCUAGAAAAAGUUUUCUUUACGUGGGGAUUAUUUUGAAAUAAUGAUAUAUGCCAAAUAAUGUUAAGUGUUGAUACUGUUGUAAUUUUUUUUAAAUAAAAAAUCUGUGCCUUUAAAAGA